CCCUGGAGGCUCUGGGGAUGAGCCACAGGGGAUUCAGGGAACCGCAUGGCCGGGGGGCCUGGACGGUGCUGGCUUGCAGGCCCCAGGCCCCUAUAUAAGGGCCCGAGCCCGCUGCCCGGCCUUCGUCACUCCCGGGAGCUCAGCACAACCACAGCCGCAGCCAUGAAGUGCCUCCUGCUGGCCCUGGGCCUGGCCCUCGCGUGUGGCAUUCAGGGCAUCGACGUCCCCCAGAGCGUGCAGAACAUGGACCUCCAGAAGGUGGCUGGGAUGUGGCACUCCAUUGCCAUGGCCUCCAGCGACAUCUCCCUCCUGGAUGCCGAGAACGCCCCUCUGAGAGUGUACGUCCAGGAGCUGAGACCCACCCCCGACCUGCCCGUGACAGUGCCCCACCUACUCACGCUUUGA